GGGAGAUUUAAUUAAUAAAAGCAUCUUUUCUUUUAUUUAUUUUAUUUAUUUAUUAUUAUUACGCAAUAUAUUAAAGUAUGGACAAUUAUCAACAAGAUGAGUUACUCCCAAAUCAUAUGCCAGUUGAUAUGGCAUUUGUACCUGAUUUAAAGCCCUAUGAACACACACAUGUUAUUCACACAAAUCAUGAACAAUCAGUAGAUGAAAACAAGUUGGCUAAACAUAGUCUUUCACCAGAGAAAUUAGGUGUAGUUGGAUAUAUAAAGGAUGUUGCUGGAUUUGUGAAAGAUGUAGUACAUGAACGACGGGAAAGGAAAACUACGAUUGCUCGAAGAAAUUCUACUUCCUCUAUAAGUUCUACUACUGAAAGGCGUUCAUCAUCACCCUUUAAUGAAGAAGAUAAAGAAAGAGUACAAAGACGAAGAUCCAGUUCUGUAGAACAGCAAACACCCUCAUCUCCUUUGGCUGAUGCAGUUACCAGUUUAUUUCCAGGUGUAGUUCAAACAAAUACAACUACUACUCAUACAACAGGCUGCACUCAUGCUGAAGAACUUCGUAAUCAAAUGAUGCAGAUGAAUGAACAACACAGUCACAAUAACAACAAGCUUUUAUAAAGAAGAAAUUAUAUAUGAAUACACAUGUGUAUAUAUAAAAAAAUAAAAUAAAAUAAAAUAAAAUAAAAAGACA